GCUAUUAAAACGAACGCAACCAACACGAAUGUGGCCAAUAGCAUUAUGUGUCAGGGUUUAGCCUGCAAUAGUUAAUCUGUACAUUUUUCGUGUAUCCCAAAAACAGGGAGAGCACGACUUUGGUUGGGAAAGCAAUGUAGGGAACCAGCCUUUUCUCAGAAAGGGAGCAACUUUGAGAGGAUAUGGUGCCAUUUUCCAGUGGCUUUCUGCUUGAAAUGUAUCAAGUGAUUAUUUAUCUUAAAGUUAAAGCGUGUUAUUGCAAUAUGUGAUCUAAGGAGCUACAAUUUGUAAUGAAAAACAUUUGAAAGUGAAUAGGCUAGUCAAAGUUAAGAUUUUGCUUGCAUACUUGUUUUUUAUGGCUUUUUACGAGUCUCGAUCUGUAGGUAGACGCCCUACUGUAUCGUGUGAACGAUAACGUCAUCAUGUCGGUGCAUAAACUGGUUACUGUAAUUGAAUGGAACGGAAGGAGGUGGGGUGCUGCUGUUUAAGACGUUGAUCAUUGACGUUGCAAAGAAGGACCGGAGCGGCUCAAACAAUCUCGGCGACUUCCGAACGCGGAUGAAUUCAACCUAAUCCAUGGUCGAUCAUCAGGACAUUUGAUGGAUUUCCUAUAGGAAACUAUACACUGGGUGAAUAGUUCCAGUUUAUAUAUACCGCUCCUUCUCCUCCCUGGCUCCCUCUACUCACCGCUCUAACAACGCAGAAGUCUCCACCGUCUUCAUCAUAAGUCAUUUUCAUGAACAAUGACAACCAAGUUGCUGGUGUCUUUCUUACUUCUGUCAGUCCAACGGGUGCGUUCCGACCCAGACCCAAGGGACUACGAUGGGGACUAUGAGGACACAACUGUCAGUCAGAUGCUGGCUCCCAAAAACCACCAGGCAGAGGCCACGCUCAUAUUAAAUAACUUACUUAAGGACUACGACAAGACACUACGCCCUGAUAUUGGAGUUAAACCAACGCUUAUCGACGUCGACAUAUACGUCAAUAGCAUCGGACCUGUAUCAUCAAUAGACAUGGAAUACGAAAUUGACAUCAUUUUUGCACAGACGUGGAUCGACAGCCGUCUGCAAUACAACAGCACUAUGAAGAUCCUGACUCUCAACAGCAACAUGGUGGGAAUGAUCUGGGUCCCUGACACCAUCUUCAGAAACUCCAAGAACGCAGACUCUCAUUGGAUUACGAUGCCCAAUCAGCUUCUGCGUAUUUGGAACGAUGGGAAGAUAUUAUACACGCUGAGGUUGACCAUCAAUGCAGAGUGCCAGCUGCAGCUCCACAACUUCCCUAUGGAUGAGCACUCCUGUCCCCUGGUCUUCUCUAGCUAUGGUUACCCCAAGGAUGAAAUGAUUUACAGAUGGAAAAGGAACUCCAUCGAAACCUCAGACCAGAAGUACUGGCGCCUCUACCAGUUUGACUUCAUGGGCCUGCGGAAUUCCACAGACGUCCUAAAAACAACAGCAGGUGAUUAUGUGGUCAUGACAGUGUACUUUGACCUGAGCAGGAGAAUGGGUUAUUUCACCAUCCAGACCUACAUCCCCUGUAUCCUCACCGUGGUGCUCUCCUGGGUCUCCUUCUGGAUCAAUAGCGAUGCCGCCCCCGCCAGAACAGCGCUAGGUAUCACCACUGUGUUGACAAUGACCACCCUUAGUACAGUGGCCAGGACGUCCCUACCCAGAGUCUCCUAUGUGACGGCCAUGGAUCUCUUCGUCACUGUGUGCUUCUUGUUCGUCUUUGCGGCCAUGAUGGAGUACGCCAUCCAAAACUACUACGCCUACAGGGCACAGAAGCCCCGCUACAACAAGACAAACAAGACGCAGAGACUGGAGAUGGCCUUCCUCUGUCCCCUCCCACAGACCUACUCGAUGCUAGACACGGGGCCCAGGUCCCCCACGACUGUGGUUCCAUUGAACAACAACUACUCAUACUGGCAGGACUAUGAGGACGUGUACGAGUGUCUGGACGGGAAGGACUGCCAGAGCUUCUUCUGCUGUUACGAGGAGUGCAAGGGGGGAGGGUGGAGGAAAGGACGCAUCCAUGUCGACAUUAAGGAGCUGGACGCUUACUCGAGAGUCUUCUUCCCUACGUCGUUUCUCCUGUUCAACAUCGUCUACUGGGUCUCUUAUCUCUACCUUUAGCAGUUUCAGUUGGAUUUGAUAGAAUUCGAUUGGACAAAUAUGGAAAGACUCAAAUGGGAAGAGGAGAUGUCACAAGACAUAAGAUGUCACACAGUGGCAGCUUUGUGCACGUUGACACUUGAUUGGUUGGUGGGUUAGUGUAACCAGCCAAUAGACAGCUGUGAGACACUAACGCCAGGAUGCUAGCCAGAUAAGAGAUAAUGAAGCAUCCACAGUGCCUUCUUCAGGAAGGGGCCAUCACCUAUACAGAGGUGCAAUAAGGGCACUAGAAGCUUUGAAGUUUUUUCUACAUAGGUUAUCCCACAUACGCCAUUUCAACGCAUGCUAUACUGUUCAUUAAAAACAAUGAAAAGCUAGGGGGGACUGCACUAUGAAAUUAUUAUAUUGUUGCUUUGUAUUAAUUAGUCAGUUGCAUAGUCAUUGCAAGCCAUUUGACAUAUAUAGAACCUCAAUAUGAUUUAUUUUAGGCACCAACGGGGUCUUAAAUAUUAGGUCAUUGAUAACAUUCAUUUGGUUUAGAUUAAUAUACAUUUAUAUCAUAAACAUUUGAAUGAUGUUUUCUACCAAGGGUGAUGUGCAACAAGAACAUGCAUAGUAUACCUUACAACAACACUAUAAGAUAAUAAUUUAAAGAUGAAAAUAGUUAUUUUGUAAAAUAAUGUAUCUAAUAAACUUUUCUUUUGUAACAGAGUUUUCCAGACUAUUUGAUAAUUAAAUCAAAUCUGAGGACAAGGUAUGGUAAGGUUUCAAACUAUAGUGGUAUGGAGAUAGAUGAUGUUGUUGAAUUAAUUUACAGAAUCUGGACAUACAUUUAUCUCCAUACAGCAGGCCGACAACACAUCAUAGGCUAAGGGCCAGGGUAGCAUUUGCAUCAGUACAGUACUGUAUAUAUUGUGCUCGUAUUCAGUACAGUACUAAUAAAAAAUGUAUGGUUUCACUCCAACAACACUACUGCUAUUUUCUUGAGCAAGAACAUGUGUAAUUCAUGUUAUAUCAUACAGUAGCUGUUGUACCAAAACAGACAACAACAUCACAAAUAAUUGUAAAAGGUGUGUUUAUGGAGUUAAAAAUAGUUUGAUUUACUGUACUGUAAGUAACACUGUUGUUUCUGCGGUGGUUUGACUUAGAAGUAUGGUAGAACCCUGUAUUCUAUGUUUUAAGAGAACGUAUAUGUGAGAGAUGUUUUCAUGCUAUUUUCAUAGUUGAAUGUAGAUCAUACUUUAGACCAAUAACAAAUAGUGGUUUUCAACUCUGUAUAACAAUACAAAUAUUGCACUUCAUAAGUGUCUUAGUUUGAUAUAAUGUAUUUACAAUAAAUCAAAGACUAUUUUCUAAGUCUGAUGGAACGCACCCUUUUGUUACAGCAGAUCUGAGAGAACCACUGUCUAGGUACAGCUAUGCUUUUUAGAGAAUUCAGUCUGUGGUAUUGCUUAAAUUAAUAAAACUAUCUUUGCUUAAGGUCUGGAGUGUGUGUGAGUGUGCUUAAGGUCUGGAGUGUGUGUGAGUGUGUGUGCAUGUGUGUAUGUAGGUCAUUUGGAUCAUUAGCAAACUGAUCUUUCUUACACACUUUAGAGUUAUUUAAGAUGGAAAUAUAUUUCAACGUGUAGGAAUGUUUUUUGUCUCUGACGUGGUUUUUAUAGCCCACUUCAAACCUCACACUGUGCAUCCUGUUGUUUCGAAGUAAGGAGGCAAGUCAAUGAAAAGUCAUUAUGUACAAUAAUCACUCAUUAGGAAGUAGGCUAAGGAAAUCCAAAACAGACCCUUUUAUUCCCACAGAAGGAAAUUAACUCUACACACGAUUCAUGUCUAUUGCAGAGUAGAUCAUUAUACAAUUAGCAUCCCCGUAUAGAAAUAACCGGAAGUUAUUGUUCAGGGCCUGCAUUCACAAAAUGUCAGAGUAGCAGUGUAGAUCACAUGAGAUCAUAUACACAAGGGACACCUACUCUGAGAUACUUUUUCAAUGCGGUCCUGGAGCUCACCACAGAAUAUUGAUACCCCUGGUAUGUGGAUACCCCUGGUACGUUGAUACCCCUGGUACGUUGAUACCCCUGGUACGCGUUGGGGAAUAAUCAGAAUUGGUUGGUAACAUAGGUAAGAUGUUUUAUAUUCAUCAUAUGUUUGUAAGUUACUUCUCAUCAGAAUGUUAUUUUUGUUUAAUACUG